GGUGGGGGUGGGAGGUGAGGGGGGCCAGCGGCUGCAGAUUGGCUAGGGCACAGCGAAGUCUGGGCUGGAGCCCCGAGGUGGGAGGCGCCUGGAUCACUCCGGAGCGGAGCAGAGGAGCAGAGACUGCCACCUACUUGGCCGACCCGAGCAGAGGCGACGGCUGCAGGGAGCAUCCCGGCCGGGGCGCACGCGGGGCAGCCGGGCGCCAAGCACCGGAGCCGUCGGGGCGGGCGGCACCAUCCAGCCAUGCGGGUAACGGGGGCGGCGCGGACGGCCGCGCUGGCGCUGCUGCUCGGGGCGCUUCACGGGGUGCCGGCGCGCGGCCAGGAGUACGACUACUACGGUUGGCAGGCCGAGCCGCUGCACGGCCGCUCCUACUCCAAGCCCCCGCAGUGCCUCGACAUCCCCGCCGACCUGCCGCUCUGCCACACGGUGGGCUACAAGCGCAUGCGGCUGCCCAACCUGCUGGAGCACGAGAGCCUGGCGGAGGUGAAGCAGCAGGCCAGCAGCUGGCUGCCGCUGCUGGCCAAGCGCUGCCACUCAGACACCCAAGUCUUCCUCUGCUCGCUCUUCGCGCCCGUCUGCUUGGACCGGCCCAUCUACCCGUGCCGCUCGCUGUGCGAGGCCGUGCGCGCGGGGUGCGCGCCGCUCAUGGAGGCCUACGGCUUCCCCUGGCCCGAGAUGCUCCACUGCCACAAGUUUCCCCUGGACAACGACCUCUGCAUCGCGGUGCAGUUUGGGCACCUGCCUGCCACCCCGCCUCCAGUGACCAAGAUCUGUGCCCAGUGCGAGAUAGAGCACAGUGCUGACGGCCUCAUGGAGCAGAUGUGCUCCAGCGACUUUGUGGUCAAGAUGCGCAUUAAGGAGAUCAAGAUAGACAAUGGGGACCGGAAGUUGAUUGGAGCCCAGAAGAAGAAGAAGCUGCUCAAGGCAGGCCCCUUAAAGCGCAAGGACACCAAGAAGCUGGUCCUGCACAUGAAGAACGGAGCAAGUUGCCCCUGCCCGCAGCUAGACAACCUGACAGGCAGCUUCCUGGUCAUGGGCCGCAAAGUGGAGGGACAGCUGCUGCUCAUGGCCGUCUACCGCUGGGACAAGAAGAAUAAGGAAAUGAAGUUUGCAGUCAAAUUCAUGUUCUCGUAUCCCUGUUCCCUCUACUACCCUUUCUUCUAUGGGGCAGCUGAACCCCACUGAAGGACCCUCCCCUUGCCUCAGCCAGCCAGCUGUGCCUUGCCUUGCCCUCUGUCCCUGCCCACCUGGCCUCACCCCCAUUCCCAGGCUGACCCAGGCCUGACAAGGAUGGCUUCACGCAGCUACUAUUGGCACAGGCUCCAAAGGUUAGGCAUGGGGCUACCCUCCUUGACUGAAGGGUUCUGGAAUCCUGGGGUCUGUCGGGGAGGGAGGGGGCUCUCUCAGGAGAAGGACAUUCUCUUCUGGAGAAAGCCCUAGUGUCUGAGAAAGCAGGCAGAGGAGAAGAAUGUGAAGGAAGGUUGCAGGGCCUCCCGCAGCCUGGGAAGAGACUUUCUAGAAAGAAUAGUGGGUCUCACUAUUAAGAGGGACCAGUGCUUAAAGGACAGCCUUCCUCCCCCACUGGCUCUUUAUGUGUUGUCAAAGACCUCCAAAGAGCAAGAGUCAAGGCCUCCAUGUCCUCCAGCCGCACCCACUCUUCAUCUGGAGCCCUGCUCCACUGGAGCACAGGCUCAGCGGCUUCUGCAGACACUCUCAUACAGGCUUGCUUCCUGGCUCUCGCUCAGCCUCCCUCACCCUGGGUCCCAGCGAUGAUAAAUUAUUGCUACCGCUGUGAGGCUGCUGGUUCUAGACAACAGGUUUGGUUCUUAAUUUUUUUUUAUUUUUAUUUUUAUUUUUUAGUUUUUAAUUAAAUAAAAGAAAACAACGGUUGCUUUGGACCGGGUAAUU